UGGAAAACAUUUGGACACCCCUGGUCUAUCUGUGUUGGCCCUGCAAUGAGGUGGCGACUUGUCAAGGGUGUACCCCGCCUUCCGCCCGAUUGUAGCUGAGAUAGGCGCCAGCACCCCCCGCGACCCCGAACGUGAAUAAGCGGCAGAAAAUGGAUGGAUGGAUGGACCCCUGGUCUACACAUGGUCUGCUUGCGUCAUGUCCGCCUCAGGACCCCCUCCCCCGCUGACGCUAGCCUCCCCGACGUCGGCAGCCUCGCCCUUGCCCUUGCCCUCGCCCCUCUCCCCCCCGCCCAGGGUGCCCGUGUUCCAAAGGAAGGGCGCACUCAAGCACAAGAGGAUCGUGGAGGUGAAGGACCACCAGUUCACCGCCCGCUUCUUCAAGCAGCCCACCUUCUGUAGCCACUGCACCGACUUCAUCUGGGGCAUCGGCAAACAAGGAUUCCAAUGUCAAGUUUGCAGUUUUGUGGUGCACAAAAGAUGCCACGAGUUUGUGACCUUCACCUGUCCCGGCUCCGUGACGGCCCCCAGACCGGAUGACCUGAGGAGUUGCCACGCGUUUAAGAUCCACACGUACGCCAGUCCCACCUUCUGCGACCAUUGCGGCUCGCUUCUCUACGGUCUCCUGCACCAGGGCAUGAAAUGUGGCUGUUGUGACAUGAAUGUCCAUCGGCGAUGUGAGACCAGCGUCCCCAGUCUUUGCGGCCAAGACCACACGGAGAAGCGAGGCCGCAUCCACCUGAUGGUCCGAGGCGAAAAUGAGGAUGUCUUUGUCACAGUGCUGGAGGCCCGGAACUUGAUGCCCAUGGAUCCAAACGGCCUGUCGGACCCGUACGUUAAACUGAAACUGAUUCCCGACCCCAAGAGUCACAGCAAGCAGAAGACCAAGACCAUCCGUUCCACGCUCAAUCCCGUCUGGAAUGAGAGUUUCACCUUUUCAGUGCGAGGCCACCAGUGGGACCGCCGUCUCUCCGUGGAGGUCUGGGACUGGGACCGCACGUCCCGCAACGACUUCAUGGGGGCGCUGUCCUUCGGAGUGAGCGAGAUCUUCCGGCGUCCCAUCAGCGGCUGGUUCAAGCUGUUAGCCCAGGACGAGGGCGAGUACUACAACAUCCCCGUGCCGGACCCAGACCUGCAGGAGCCGCUGCCGGAUGGUACCACGCCCCUGCUGCCUCAGAUGGGACCGGGCCCCCCGUGUGAGGCCCUCACACCUCUGCCCUCAGCGUUCUCACCAGCCCACUCCCAGGGCCCGGGAAAGGGCCGGGUGGGGGUCCAGGACUUCAACUUCCUCAUGGUGCUGGGUAAAGGCAGCUUUGGCAAGGUUCUGCUGGCAGAGGAAGGAGGCACCGAGCGCCUGUUUGCUGUCAAGGUCCUGAAGAAGGACGUCCUCUUCCAGGACGAGGACACGGAGAGCGCCCUGGUGGAGAGGCGGGUUCUGGCGCUCCCGUCUCGCCCUCACUUCCUCACCUCGCUCUACUGCGCCUUCCAGACCCAGGACCGUCUGUACUACGUGAUGGAGUACGUGGACGGAGGAGACCUGAUGUUCCACAUUCAGAUGAUGGGGAAGUUCAAAGAGCCUCACGCAGCGUUCUACGCGGCAGAGAUAGCAGUGGGCCUCUUCUUCCUGCACGGCCAGGGCAUCAUCUACAGGGACCUGAAGCUGGACAACGUGCUGCUGGACAGCGAGGGCCACAUCAAGAUCGCCGACUUUGGGAUGUGCAGGGAAGGGAUGUUUGAGGGCGACACCACGCAAACCUUCUGCGGAACCCCGGACUACAUUGCCCCUGAGAUUGUGGCCUACCAGCCUUACGACAAAGCGGUGGACUGGUGGUCCUACGGCGUGCUGCUCUAUGAAAUGCUGGCAGGACAGCCGCCGUUUGAUGGCAUCGACGAGGACGAGCUCUUCCAGUCCAUCAUGGAGCAAAGUGUCUCCUACCCUAAGAGUCUUUCCCGUGAAGCCGUCGCCAUCUGCAAAGGACUCCUCACCAAGCACCCCGCCAAGCGCCUGGGCGGCGGGCAGGACGGCGAGCGAGAGAUCCGCGAGCAUCCCUUCUUCCGCUGGAUGGACUGGGAGCGCCUGGAGAGGCUGGAGAUCCCGCCGCCCUUCGUCCCGAGAUCUGGCGGAAGGAAAGGCGAAAACUUCGACCAGUUCUUCACCGCCGCCCCGUCGGCGCUCACGCCCUCCGACCCGGACGUGCUGGCCGCCAUCAACCAGGAGGACUUCCUGGGCUUCUCCUUCGUCAAUCCCGAGUGUGCCACCUCGCCGCUCACCGCCGUCUGACGCUGACAUGGAGUCCACUUUUGUACUUCCUCGCAUCUCUCACGCCAUGCGCUCGCCUUCAAUGCAUGUUUCUUUUCCACGGUCACGGGUGGAAACAAUACACAACACAAAGGACACAUUAGACAACAUUUGAAUAGAGAAAGCCUGUUUGUAUUUGUGCAUGCAGUUUAUUUAGAAUCCAGUCAUUUGAUGAUGAGGAUUCCUCUAGAAGUUUCCGGAAAUGUUCCAAGGAUGUUUUAUGUACACAACAAAAGCUAUGUUGAAUUGAAAUGAAUGAUAUUAGAAAGUAGUAUAGCAUUGUUUUUUACGCUAAAAUCAUGUCAGAAGUAUUGAACCAAAUAUAUAUAUAAACAUAUAUAAACAUAUAUAUAUAUA